UCAAAAGCCAGCAACAUGGUUGAGUGGACAGAUUUCGAGCGCACUACCAUCCAGAACAUCUUUUCCAAGAUCGAUUACGCGUCUGUUGGUCACCAGGCACUGGCAAGGUGUCUGGUUGUGUACCCAUGGACCCAGAGGUAUUUCGGUAGCUUUGGAAACUUGUAUAAUGCAGCUGCCAUCGUGGGAAAUUCCAAGGUUGCUGCCCAUGGCUUGACAGUGAUGCGUGGUCUGGAGAAAGCAGUGAAGAACAUGGACAACAUUAAGGACACUUACACCGAGUUGAGUAUGCUGCACUCUGAAAAACUGAACGUGGAUCCUGAUAACUUCAGGCUGUUGGCAGACUGCAUUACCAUUGUAGUUGCCUCCACUCUGGGUACGAGCUUCACAGCUGAAGUGCAGGCAGCUCUGCAGAAGUUCAUGGCUGUGGUUGUCUCUGCACUCGGAAAACAGUACCAUUAA